UUAAAAUCAACAACUCAUUCAGGUUUAGUGAUCAGAUGGAGGGAUAAUCCUUAAAUCACUCAAAUUUCUCGAAAUUAUGAGCCUGCAAGGUUUUAAAACUCAUUUUAUUCAAAUUGUACUAUUAAAUCAAUAUUAUAUUAUUGAUAACCAGUCCCACAUAAAAUAUUUGUUUAAAAGUCCGUCCCUGGUGUAUUUUUUUCUAACUGCGACUAACAGAUUUAGUAUAAUUUGACCUUGCUUUUUCAUGUGCAAGUGCAGUUUAUAUAAUAGAUUUUCUAGUUUUGAACGAUGCUAGUUUUUGCAGGAUUCCACCUUAGUCUAUUUGGGUACACUAAGCUAAGAUGAUGAGCUUGGAUCAGUAUUUUUUUACAGAUAUUUUGAGAAAAUACGAAAAGGACCCCAACAUUACGGUGGAAAAUGUUCUUAAAAAUAAAGCGUGUGAAGACGGUAACAAUUUCAUAGCUGUUGUUAGUAGAGUGACUCUGAAAGGUGUAAAAAAUUUCAAGGAUUGUCAGUGGUCGGUGAUUGUUAAGGAGCUUCCAACAGAAUGUUUGUUUGAUGCAAAGAAGGCAUUUUCCAAUGAAGUGUACGCAUACAAAAAAAUAUUGCCAACUUUAAGACAGUACAUACGAAAACCUUUAAAUUUUCCCAAAUGCUUGUACGCUUCGGAAUCAUUGAUUAUCCUAGAAGAUUUGUCUGUUGAUGGAUUUACAAACGUCGAUAAACGAGUUGGUUUGAACUAUGAACAAAUCCAAAGCGUUUUAAAGGAGCUAGCCAGACUUCACGCUGCCUCCAUUAUUCUAAAUCACAAGAAUCCUGAAAUAUUUCAAGAAAUAUCGACGAAGGUUGAAGAUCUUAUGUUUGGAAAUGAAAUAUUACCAGUUAUGGAAACUCAAGAAUGGAAUUUGGACAAAGCAAUUCUAUUAAGUGAAGAUAUAAUUGACAAAAAUGUAAACUAUCAAUUGGAAAUGAUUGAAAUUUUGAAGGAUCUAAAAGGACGAACGUUUGAGUUACAAAAGGAAGCGUUAAGAGCACCCAGAAAAUAUAAAGUUAUCAAUCAUGGUGAUUGUUGGUGCAAUAAUAUAUUAGUAAAGGGCAAUAAAACAAAAUUAAUAGAUUUUCAGUUGAUGAGAACUACCUCAGUUGGGGCAGAUCUGUCGUAUCUUCUUUACAUAAACAUGGAACCUUCUUUUCGAAUAUCAAAGGAAAAGGAACUAUUAAAUCUUUAUUUAUGUGAAUUAAAUAGCUGCCUUGAACUGUCGGAAGUCAAUAUACAAAUGAGUAAAACUUGGUUGGAUUCAGAAAUGAAUGAUUUUGUUCUUUACGGAUAUUUGCAUGGAAUGUGGCUAUUACCGUUAUUUUUAGAUAAAGAUAUGCCUGAAAUGAAAAAUAAAAGUUUGCAGGAUACUGGAGCGGCAAUUAAGGAACGUAUUUUAAUGUUCUCACACGACUAUGUCAAUAAAGUGACGCAGAAUGGACAUAGGAUAAACAAUAACAACAUAUACUAACUAUUAUUUUAAUAGUAUACCAUAAUAAUUAUUAUAUUUUAAUAAAUAGUACAAAUAUUUCAAUUGGUCGGUAAAAACAAAGAAUGGUUUAUUCUGUGAUAUAUUUAAUUAUUUAUAUAUUAUAUAUUAGUUUUAUUUA